AUGUCUUCGCUGGUAGACGCGGUGAUGAGCACCGACAAUGGCCCAACCGACCCUCGCAGCGAUGCCACGCCCGGAAGAAGGAGAACAGGCCGCUCAUCGUCUCGUCCCAGGGGUCCGCCCUCAGUCAGCACGCCGGCAAUGCACAGCGACGUCGAGGGUUUUCCAGACGAUGAGAUUGUUGGUAGAAGAGGCAUGCGGCGCCAAGCAGCCGGUACUCAGGAUGUUCCCAGAGUCGUCGACGCGACCGCAGAGACGCUGGGGAUUCAGUUUGAGCGGUUUUUGGAACACUUCACAGAAGAACCCUCCGCAUCGGCACCCACUUCCAGCGCAGUAACCACCGACAAAUACUACAUUGCCCAGAUCCACGGCCUGUGCCAGUUCAAGCUCUCCACCCUCUACGUCGACUUCACCCACCUCAUGGACCACGGAGGAAUUCUGGCCAAUGCCAUCCAGGACGACUUUUACCGCUUUCACCCUUACAUGGUGCGCGCUUUGAAUAAUCUCAUCGCCAAGUUCGAGCCUCAAUACUACCGAGAGCACAGACAACCCGGCUCCACAACCGCCAGAACAGAUACUUCCCUGGCAACGCAGAGUUUGAGUGAAGAGGAGACACUGAACAGCAAGACACCAAAUCAGCAGACGGACAAGAUCUUCGCUCUUGCAUUCUACAAUCUGCCAUUGGUUUCAAGAGUGCGGCAACUGCGAACAGAACGCAUUGGACAUCUCGUCUCGAUAUCUGGCACAGUCACGAGGACGUCAGAAGUGCGGCCGGAAUUGCAUCUGGCGACUUUCAUCUGCGAGGCUUGCAACAGUGUCGUACCUGAUGUUGAGCAGAUCUUCAAAUACUCUGAGCCCACGCAAUGCCCCAACGCGACUUGCAUGAACCGACAAGGAUGGCGGCUGGACAUUCGUCAGAGCACAUUCAUCGAUUGGCAGAAAGUUCGAAUUCAAGAAAACAGUUCAGAGAUUCCCACUGGAAGCAUGCCACGAACAAUGGAUGUCAUCCUGCGAGGAGAGAUGGUUGAACGAGCAAAAGCCGGUGAGAAGUGCAUCUUUACUGGCACCCUUAUUGUCGUGCCAGAUAUCAGCCAGUUUCGAGUACCAGGCUCGCGAGUACAGGCCGUCCGUGAUUCACAAGCACCACGCGGUAGCGACGUUGGUGGCAGUGGCGUGAGCGGUCUCAAAGCGCUGGGCGUGCGAGAUCUCACCUACAAGCUGGCCUUCCUCGCAAAUAUGGUCACCCCUGAUGCUUCUACUCAAGGACAGAGUGCGAACCAGAACCUCAAAGGCGUGGCUGGCCAGUCUAUCUUGAGCUCCCUCGGCCAGAACGUCGAUACCGCAGAGACAAGCGGUGACCAGGCACAACAAGACUACCUCGACACGCUCACACCUGCUGAGAUCGACGACCUUCGGCAUAUGGUUCAGCAACCCAACAUCUUCAUGCGGUUGGUCGAUUCACUGGCGCCGAUGGUGUACGGCCACACAGUCGUCAAGAAGGGACUUCUCCUCCAACUCAUGGGCGGUGUCAGCAAAGUUACUCCUGAAGGCAUGGCCCUUCGUGGUGACAUCAACAUCUGCAUUGUUGGUGAUCCCAGUACCAGCAAGUCCCAGUUCUUGAAGUACAUCUGCUCAUUCCUGCCUCGUGCAGUCUACACCUCUGGAAAAGCUUCUUCCGCCGCUGGUCUGACGGCAGCUGUGGUCAAAGAUGAGGAGACGGGUGAGUUCACCAUUGAGGCUGGUGCGCUGAUGCUGGCGGACAACGGCAUCUGCGCGAUUGACGAGUUCGACAAGAUGGACAUCGCCGAUCAGGUCGCCAUUCACGAAGCUAUGGAACAGCAGACCAUCUCCAUUGCAAAGGCCGGCAUUCAAGCGACAUUGAAUGCGCGAACGAGUAUCCUUGCUGCAGCCAACCCUGUCGGUGGUCGGUACAACCGCAAGACUACUCUGCGAGCCAACAUCAACAUGAGCGCACCCAUUAUGUCACGUUUCGAUCUCUUCUUUGUUGUUCUCGACGAGUGCAACGAACAGGUGGACGAGCAUCUCGCCAAGCACAUUGUUGGUAUCCACCAGCUUAAGGACGAAGCCGUUCAACCAGAGUUCAGCACGGAGCAGUUACAACGAUACAUUCGGUUCGCUCGCCUGUUCCAACCUGUCUUCACCGAGCAAGCCAGAACUUUCCUGGUGCAAAAGUACAAGGAACUGCGGUCGGACGACGCUCAGGGUGGCAUUGGACGAAACUCUUACCGCAUCACUGUCCGUCAGCUGGAAUCGUUGAUUCGAUUGAGCGAAGCCAUCGCAAAAGCCAACUGCGUUGACGAAGUGACACCCGAGUUCGUCGACGAGGCCUUCAAACUGCUGCAACAAAGCAUCAUCAGCGUGGAGAAGGAUGACGUGGAGUUCGAAGAGGAAGAAGAGGCUGCUGCUCCGGAUGAUGCUGAAACUGGUGCCACGCAACAAGAAAACGAGCAGAUGGAUACUAACGAGGAGAAUGAAGCACGAGCAUCGCAGACCCCAGCACCUGCUCGACCGCGAACCCAGAUCAAGUACGACGACUACAUGAAGAUCCACAAUAUGCUUCUUCGACGGGUAAACGACGAUCAGAAUACUGCCGAGGACGGUGUUGAAGAAGAGGAUCUUUUGGUCUGGUUCCUUGAACAAAAGGAGGAUGAGCUGCAAAGCCAGGAAGAUAUGGAGCAUCAGCGAACGCUGGCGAAGAAGGUGCUGAAGCGCAUGGUGAAGGACAAUGUCCUCAUGCAGAUCCGUGGCGAAGGCCUCGUGAACGAGAACGGCGAGCCUGAGGGCGACGAGCAACAACAAGACGGCAAGACGCUGUACGUUGUGCAUCCAAACUGCGCCGUCGAAGACAUGUAA